AUGGUUUACGCCAAAUGCGUCGUCCGUAUUCCUUUUAACAAACCCUUAUUCUAUAAAGAAGUCGCACUUUCCCUCUCACAACGUGACAAUACCCACCUUCCUUCUCCCCCGUCCCUCCACAACUUUUCCUUUCCUUUUAUGUCCUCUUUUCCCCUUUUCUUCUUGUUCCCCCUCGUUGAUAUUCUCUACUACUAGUAUAAGAAGCCAAACUGGGAUGCUGCUGCUGUUGUAGGCUCAACUGGGUGCCCCCCAACUGUUGUUCUUUAUCAGCAUCCAUCUUCUUCUUGGUUUUGGGUACCUGUCUUUUUAAUGGAGAAGCUUAACUUCGUUAAGGAUGGUGUGCUAAGAUUGCCUCCUGGGUUUCGGUUCCAUCCAACCGAUGAAGAGCUGGUGGUUCAGUACUUGAGAAGAAAGGUGCUUGCUUGGCCCUUACCGGCUUCCAUCAUUCCUGAAGUUGAUGUCUGCAAAGCCGAUCCUUGGGAAUUACCAGGUGAUUUGGAGAAAGAGAGGUACUUUUUUAGCACCAGGGAAGCCAAGUAUCCCCACGGGAUCAGAUCCAACAGAGCCACGGUUUCGGGUUAUUGGAAAGCAACCGGAAUCGACAAACGAAUCGUGACUUGUAGGGGGAACCAAGUGGUUGGUAUGAAGAAAACAUUGGUUUUUUAUAGAGGAAAACCACCGCAGGGAACUCGGACCGACUGGAUCAUGCAUGAAUAUCGCCUCGUUGCCGGAGAAACAACAGCCUGCGGUGCCCCACACAAGAAGAACCAAACACCGAGCCAUACGGCGGCCGUGGAAAAUUGGGUGCUGUGCCGGAUAUUUUUGAAGAAAAGAGGUGGUUGCAGUACCAAAAACGACGACGAGAGCAUCGAGAAGGGAGCAGGCAAAGCAAAGACAAUGAGGCAUGUUUUCUAUGAUUUCCUGACCAGGGAAAACCCCGACUUAAAUAUCCCACCUUCGGCCUCUUCUUCUUGCUCCAGUGGGAUCACACAAGCUUCAAAUAAUGAAACGGACGACCACGAAGAAAGCAGUAGCUGAAAUAGUUCUUAUUUCAGAAGAAAACCUUGAAAAAAAAACAAUCCCAGUUUCGCACUUUUGGUUUUCAUCAUGUAUCAGUAGUUGGGCAUCUGAUUACCCAAUCAGAAGAAUAACCCUCUUUUGAACCAAAGAGCUUCAGCACGCAUCAACUGUUAUUUGAAUACCA